AUGGCGCCGAACCCAUUAGUGUACUUUGAGAUUGCCUUGGACAACCAGCCAAUCGGCAAGAUUGUCUUCGAGCUGUUUGCACAUGUGGUGCCCAAAACUGCUGAGAACUUCCGGGCCCUCUGCACCGGUGAAAUGGGCAAGGGGAAGAUGGGGAAGCGACUGAACUUCCUAGGAUGCGUCUUCCACCGGAUCAUCCCCGGAUUCAUGUGUCAAGGCGGCGACUUCACCCGGGGGGAUGGCACUGGAGGGGAGUCGAUUUACGGUGCCAAGUUUAAAGACGAGAACUUCCAGAUGAGGCACACGGAGAAAGGGCUGCUUUCCAUGGCCAACUCGGGUCCCAACACGAACGGCUCCCAGUUCUUCAUCACCGUAAAGGCAACGCCCCACCUGGAUGGAAAGCACGUGGUCUUUGGUAAGGUUAUCUCGGGCUACGAGGUGGUCCAGAAGAUGGAGAGGUGCGGCUCAAGCAGCGGCAAGACCUCGAAGAAGGUCACCAUCCACUCCUGCGGUGAGGAGGUCGUUGAGGAUGCCCCGAAGCCUCCGCCGGCAAAGAAGCAGAAAACUCUUGCGGCAGGUGAGGUCCAGGUACUCCACAUCAUUCGCAAGCACAAGGGUUCACGGCGGCCAUCCUCCUGGCGGCAGGAAAGCAUCACCUGCUCCAAGGAUGAGGCUGGCCAGUUCUUGAAGGAUCUGAGGCAGAAGCUUCAAGGCUUGAAUGCCCUGGACCUUCAAACAAAGUUCCAGGACCUAGCCAAGGAGCAUUCCGAUUGCGGGUCCGCAAAGAAAGGUGGGGAUCUGGGCGUCUUUGGCAAGGGGCGCAUGCAGAAGGCCUUUGAGGAAGCCUCCUUUGCGCUCCAGGUUGGGGAGCUCUCCGACAUCGUCUCCACCGAUUCGGGCGAGCACUUGAUCUUGCGAAUCCAGUGA